CUGGAGCUCUCGGCCACUUCCGGUUACAUGACGACGACGGCGUCGAUACAAAAAGAGAGAAGGAAAACAGGAAAAUAGCUUUCUUGGCGAGCACAGUGGAAACUUAACACAAAUAUCCACAUCCUAAUGGACGUAUUGCUUAAGUGGCGACAUCAAUAACGAUCGUCCUCAAGUCGGUCUGGCUGGAUAACGCAGGAGCAGAGAGAAGACCACAGAGAUUUGGAGUUUAACGUUAUUGUUCUUCGCCUUCUCCCUCCAGCUAAGCUAUUUCUGUGUUGCCCUACCUAGCCGAGCCAGCUAACGUUAGCUAGCGCUGGAUGCCAACACUGUGGUGGUGUGUAUAUGUGUGUGUGUGUGCUCUUAGUUCUCAAUUAGCACACGGCUGGAGAGGAAAUAGCGCCGUUAAUCCGUUGGGUUUGCAGCUGGACUCCGCUAACCUCUUGUAGCUCGGUGACAUUAAGUUGGGCGAGAGAAUGGCAACGUCGGCUCUGUACGCCUGUACGAAGUGUAACCAGCGGUACCCCUUCGAGGAGCUGUCGCAGGGCCAGCAGCUGUGCAAGGAGUGUCGCAUCGCACAUCCAAUAGUGAAGUGCACAUACUGCAGGUCUGAGUUUCAGCAGGAGAGUAAAACAAAUACGAUCUGCAAAAAAUGUGCCCAGAACGUCAAACAGUUUGGAACACCCAAACCCUGCCAGUACUGUAACAUCAUUGCAGCUUUCAUCGGGACAAAGUGCCAGCGUUGUACCAACUCAGAGAAGAAAUAUGGACCUCCACAGACCUGUGAGCAGUGCAAACAGCAGUGCGCUUUUGACCGUAAGGAGGAGGGCAGGAGAAAGGUGGACGGGAAACUGCUGUGCUGGCUCUGUACCCUGUCCUACCGCCGUGUCCUGCAGAAGACCAAGGAGCAGAGGAAGGGCUUUGGAUCCUCCAACUCCUCAUCCCUGAACGAGAAAGAUCACCACUCCAGACCUCACCAUCACCACCACCACCACCAACACAGACACAGCAGUUCUCAUCACAAACUGAGUGGGAGCUUGAGUCCUGAGCAGGAGCAGGGACUGUGGAAGCAGAGCCAUAAAUCGUCUUCAAUCCAGAAGGAGACUCCAAAGAAGAAACCAAAACUGGAGAUGAAGCCAUCCAACGGGGACAGUAGUUCCAUCACCCAGUCCAUGGAUUCUGGAGGAACAGACAACUUCAUUCUCAUCAGCCAGCUGAAAGAGGAAGUGAUGUCACUGAAGAGACUUCUGCAGCAAAGGGAUCAAACCAUUCUAGAGAAGGACCGAAAGCUCACAGAGCUCAAAGCAGACUUCCAGUAUCAGGAGUCCAACAUGAGAGUGAAGAUGAACCAAAUGGAGAAGUCGCACAAAGAGUCUAUGGAGCAACAGCAGUCCAAGAACAGGGAGCUGAUGAAACAAGUGGCUGCCCUCUCGAAAGGAAAAAAGUUUGACCGGACAGGAAGUUCACUGCUGCUGCCCUAACAAUAGGCCAACCAGCGGGUAACAACACAGAGCGGCUUCAUUGUUGUAACACUGUGAAAGUCUCCCUCCUGUGUUUCCUCAUUGCCAUCAACAUCGAUUAUUUCUUAAUUGGUAAAUUCAGAAACCAUGUUGUACAUGGAAAUCAGUUGUUGAAUCAAAGAAACCUUUCUCUAAAUGUCAACAUAUUUUAGAUAUUUUAUGGCAACUUUUCCACUGGAUCAUAGGACGUGACUUUGGAUGGAGGAUGGAGCCCUCAUUUUUAACACUGCCGGGCCAAAACAAAAAGCAUGGUGUGCAUAUGUGGAUAGCAUUCUGUCGACUCAGUGUAUCCACGUCAUUUUUAUGGAUGUCAUGCAAUUUAUUUAUUCAACUGUAUUUCUUAGCUUUUUUAUUUCCUCACAACCUACUAAGAGAAUAUCCCACAUUUUGGGGUUUUCUUCAAUAGCAAUUAGUUAUAUUUUUCUAAAUUGAUUGUGGAAGACAAGUUCUCCUUAAUGGAGACCCUGUACAACUUUACAAUGUAUGCAAACGUGGGAUGGGUGACCACUGAGCUGUUGCUCAACAAUAGAGAACUCUCUCAGUAACAAUUCAUAAAUCAACCAAUGAACACUUUGAAAGGCUGUCUGGUAGAGAGACACCUCUUGGCUGCCCUCUUUCUCACUGUGUGACAGCUGUAGUGCUUUGCUGUUUCUCUUUAGUGGAACGAUUGUAAUACUGCAUGAUUUUACUGCCAGACACCGGUUGGCAUUGUGGUCAGACUUCUCCCCUCCCCCUUUUAAUUAGUUUUUUAAGAAUCACUUGUAAAUGUAUUCCGGGGUCAGCCAUUGUAUUUAAACUAUUGCUUGUAUCUGUUUUAGUGAGUACAGUAUGUGUAUGGUGAGGCCAGUUGAAAUUAACCUGUCUGUAGAAGAUGCUUUUUAAAGGAACACAUCUAUCACCUUGCAUUAUUGGGCUGGUUUCAUACUGUGGCGUCCAGGAUCACUUUUGUACUUUUUUCCAAACCAAGUGUUUUAAAACUAUUAAAACUGGCUAAACUGUUA